AUGGACAACCUCGAUUCCGCCGUCGAGAAAGUAGCCGGCAAGCCCACGGCGGAACUCAAGGAAGACGCCGUCGAAGCGGCCAAAACGUCCGUCUCGUCAAUACGCGACUUCGUGGCGGGCGGGGUGGGCGGCGUGUGCUCCGUGCUGGUCGGGCACCCCUUUGACCUGGUCAAGGUGCGCCUGCAGACGGCGGAGAAGGGCGUGUACAAUGGGGCGAUGGAUGUGGUGAGGAAGACGAUUGCGCGCGAGGGCCCGGUGCGCGGGUUGUAUGCGGGUGUUUCGGCGCCGUUGGUGGGCGUCACGCCUAUGUUCGCGGUCAGCUUCUGGGGCUACGGCGUAGGCAAACAACUCGUCGAGUCCUUCGGCAACGUCAAAGACGGCCAAUUCACGCCCGCACAAGUCGCAACCGCAGGCUUCUUCUCCGCCAUCCCCCAAACCCUCAUCACCGCCCCCUUCGAGCGCGUAAAAAUCAUCCUCCAAAUCCAAGGGCAGAAACAGCUGGCGCCAGGCGAGAAGCCGAAAUACAGCGGCGGCCCAGACGUCGUUCGCCAACUCUACAAAGAAGGCGGCAUCCGCAGCGUCUACCGCGGCUCCGCAAUGACUCUCAUGCGCGACGGCCCCGGCUCCGCUGUGUACUUUGCCACCUACGAGCUCAUCAAGCGCAACCUCACGCCGAAAGACGAAAGCGGCAAGCCGGGCAAGCUCUCGCUGACGGCCGUGUGCGUGGCGGGCGGUGCGGCUGGCGUGGCUAUGUGGAUCCCCGUCUUCCCCGUCGACACCAUCAAAUCCCGCCUGCAGUCUGGAGAUAGCAAUUUGAGCAUCAGCGGCACGAUCAAGGAGAUUUAUCGCAGGGGUGGUGUCAAGGCUUUCUUCCCUGGUAUGGGACCUGCCAUGGCCAGAGCCGUUCCGGCGAAUGCAGCCACGUUCUUGGGCGUGGAGUUGGCGCAUCAGGCUAUGAAUAAGGUGUUUUGA